UAUUUUGUUAUUUUUCGUACGCAGAAUGAAUAUUUAUGUUGAGUCUCUCACCGGCGAAACCAUCACUGUCGAGGUGGAAAGCUCCGACACCAUCGACAACGUUAAAUCCAAAAUCCAAGUCAAAGAAGGCAUUCCUGUUGACCACCACCGACUCAUCUUCGCCGGGAACAUAGAAGAUGAAAAAAAUCAGGCGGAGGUCGGUCGUCGUCGCCCCACGGUCGUAAUUGAGGAGGGCGGCGGCGGAAUGCAGAUAUUCGUGAUGACAUUGGCGGGGAGGGCGAUAACAGUGGAUGUUAAGAGCUCGGAGAGAAUCUUUGACGUGAAGAAGAAGAUUUAUAAUAAGGUGGGAAUCUCGCCGAAAUAUCAGAGACUGAUAUUUGGAGGGAAACAGCUGGAAGAUUAUAAGACCGUUGCAGAUUAUAACAUACAAAAGGACUCUUAUCUUCAUCUCGUUACGAGGCACCGCGGCGGGAUGCAGAUAUUCGUGAUAACGCUGACGGGGAAGACGAUAACACUGGACGUUAAGAGGUCGGAUACGAUAUAUACCGUGAAGGAGAAGAUAUAUGAUAAGGAGGGAAUCUCGCCGGAAUAUCAGAGAUUGAUAUUUUCAGGGAAAGAAUUAGGCGAUGAAAAAAGUGUUGCAGAUUAUGACAUACACAAGGAGUCUAAUCUUCACCUCGUCUUGAGGCUUCCUGGCGGCCGGAUUUAA